CUCCUCGUUCGACUCCCUAUCUUCUGCUCCUCUCCUCUUCGGGGCCCCCGUCGCUUAUUUUCUUGAUAUCCUUCAGCACUCAGGCAGUGCCGAAAGCCGGGGUUUCAUCAUGGGUCUCCUCUAUCCUUCCGGUGUUGUAAUCGUGGCAGCAGCGGUGGUAGGACUGUACUACCUUUUCCGCGGUGAAGGCGAAAAGAUUAACAUCGGCUACUUCCUCGAGUCGGUGUCUCCGUAUGCCUGGGCGAACUUUGGAAUUGCCAUGUGCAUUGGCUUGUCGGUGGUUGGUGCGGCAUGGGGUAUCUUCUUGACCGGCUCCUCGAUCGUUGGUGGAGGUGUCAAAGCACCCAGAAUCCGUACCAAGAACUUGAUCUCGAUUAUUUUCUGUGAAGUCGUGGCUAUCUAUGGUGUCAUUAUGGCCAUCGUCUUCUCCUCCAAGCUCAACCUCGUUGAAGGCGAUGAGGCCUUCUCUGGCAGCAACUACUACACCGGAUAUGCGCUGUUCUGGGGCGGUAUCACUGUGGGCGCCUGCAACCUGAUUUGCGGUAUCUCCGUCGGUAUUAACGGAAGUGGUGCGGCCCUGGCCGAUGCUGCUGACCCUAGCUUGUUCGUCAAGAUUCUGGUUAUCGAAAUCUUCAGUUCCGUUCUCGGUCUCUUCGGAUUGAUUGUUGGGCUUCUGGUUGGAGGAAAGGCACUCGACUUUGGAGCUGCCUGAAGAAUGCUGCCCGGUGGAGAUGUAGAGGGCCAUGAUGGGGAUGAUCUGUACGACCUAUAUCAUUCUUGUCUUCACUUUUCUGUUAUUUGUCCUAUUUAUAGGCCGCAUUGGGCGCAUGGAUUCGAUUUGACUGUAGACCGGUUGGCUAUGCGUGAAUUGCAUUGAUAGUCCUGUUUUUUGUUGCUUUGCCUAAAGGGGAAAGAAGAGGAGGAAAGGUGUACAGUAAUUGCUAGGAGAUAUCAUAGGAACAUUUUACCAAACGAAGAUAAAUAGCG